CUCACAUCGCGAACUUUCGUGACCAGGCUAACGCAUAUCUCUCGCGACUACACUACUACCUUCACCCCGUCGCAGUGCCUCCCCCAUGGCGGACCCUAACAAAGAUCUCCUCGAGGUCGCGCAAAAGACCACAGAUGACUUCUACGAGCUCCUCGGUGUCGGUUUCGACGCCGUUGAUACCGAAAUCAGGAAGGCUUACCGAAGAACUUCUCUCAAAUACCAUCCCGACAAGAACCCCGACGAUAAGACGCUUGCCGAUAAAUUCAUCCUCAUUGGUGUCGCGAGAGAUAUCCUCAGUGACCCGAAACUCAAAGCAGAGUAUGAUAGAGCGAGACUCAGAAAGAAGGAAAAGGCGCUUCAGGAUGAGCUACUGGAUGGCAGGAGGAGGAAGAUGAAGGAGGACUUGGAAAGGAGGGAACGUGAAGGCGUGUCGAUGAAGAGGAAGAGAACGGAGGAUCUUACUGCUGCGGAGAUGCGGGAGCAGGAGAUCCAGAGGCUGGCUGAGGAUGGGAAGAGGAGGAGGAAGGAACAACAGGAGAAAUUAGAACGGCAGAGGCAGGAGGAGGAAGCCUCGUUCAUGGAACCAAGCCCUGAACCUGUGCCGAAAUCUCAGCCACCGGGACAAACCGCCGAAAUUGAUAGAACGAUCAGAGUGCGCUUCUCCAGGGAUGGCGAUGCCGCGACAUGGGAUAGGGAGAAAUUGUCUCAGAUGUUCUCGAGGUUUGGGAAGGUCGACAGCGUUGUCAUGGGCAAGGACAAGAAGAUCAGACUCUCUGGAGAGAAGCACCGGAAGACUUGCGCCGUGGUCUUCAUUGUCUACACACGGAUGGAUCAUGCGAACGAAGCCGUUAUGGAUGGUAAGAGUGAAUAUCCCUUACUGGAAUCUGUGGCUUGGGCUAGCAAAGAACCUGAGAUCAAAUCCCCUAUGAAUGGCGAAUUUUCUGCGCCCUCGACACCAAAUACCACCCCAAACAAAUCCUUCCGCGCGUCAUUCACCGGGGGCUUAGGGAAAGGAUUUGGAAGCACGCCCGGCACUCCUUCAUUCUCCUUCUCCCCGUCAACCCCCAGUCUGGAGGAAGUGACUAUGAUACGAUUGAAGCAAGCUGAAAAGAGACGGUUGGAGGAGCAGAUUCGGCAGAAGGAAGCUGCAGAGGAAGCCGCCGCAUAGACUUGUCAUGACUUAUGGCUUUACGACUUGCACGAGUCUUUGAAGAUACCCCUGGUUAGAAUAAUUGUGGCAAUUCCCCUAUUCGCAAGCGAAAGGC